AUGUCCUCCGAUCCUAGUGAUAUGUCCCAUUUAACUCCCGGGCAUUUCCUCAUCGGUGACUCUCUCUCCGCCAUACCAGAAAUUGAUGACACGAACGUACCAACAAGUUAUCUAUCUCGUUGGCGACGCGUGUCACAAUAUUCGGAUAUUCUAUGGAGAAGGUGGAGUAAAGAGUACCUGUCCCAGCUUCAGGAACGGUCAAAGUGGGCAAGCGAAAGGGGUGUAAAACUGAAGGAAGAUUCCAUCGUUAUCAUGCGCGAGGAAAACCUUCCACCAAUGAAAUGGCGUUUAGGUCGGAUUAUCAACGUCAUACCAGGGCAGGACGGUGUCAUACGUGUGGCUGACGUUAAAACGUCGAAUGGAACAUUUCGUAGAGCCAUCAGGCAAUUAUGUCCAUUACCAUUUGUGGGUAAUUGUAAUUUGUAA